UUGCCUAUCGUCAAACCAACAGUUCAUUUCACCAGACGUUCCUGUCAUGGGUGUGAAGAUGCUGCAGUGUUUUCCUUUCUACAGACGCUGUAAAGAGCGCUGUAAGGGCCGGCAGUGCCCCCCAGUGGCAGUGCCCAUAGAGGAUAUGAAGCCGCGUCUGGCCUCUACGACAUCCUGGGGCAGCGACAGUGAAGGAGCGGGAAGCCUCAGUCGGGGCUCCCAAAUUUAUUUCUCCACCAAGGCCCGGCUGUCUUUUAGACACCAGCUGGACAGCAACAUCAAUGCAGUGGACGCCACCUACUGAGACACUGCGCAGGAGAAAAAUUUCAAAUUUAAAAAAACAGACUCCAAUAUUUUGAAGUUUUUAGUAUUCAUGGUAGAUGAAUUUGAAGUUAGUUGUGCAACGCCACAAUUAGCAUUUUAAUGUCUCCUUCCGUGCUGCCCACAAAAGACAUUCAUCAGUUCAGACGCAGGAAUGAAGCGGAUAAAAACGGACUGAAGCAGCGUUUUCAGUCUCAGUGCAUUAAAUAUCUGCUUUGGAGAGAGAAGACUGAACAGAGUGGAUCCACCAUGUCCCUAAUGCACCUUUUACUGAUGAGAUAAGACUUGUUUACAGCAUUCACUACCAACAAGUGCAUUGUUUUCUUGUUUUUUCUACUGUUUGUUUUUAUUUCUUCUUCUCUUUUUUUUUGACUACCUAUUGUGGAAUAAAUUCACUUGAUUAGGUCAUGGUCUGUGUGAAAUGUGGGUGUUUUACAAAGCAGGACACCUCAAAGUAUGAUGGUCGAUAUCUGGUGAGAUUUUAUCAUUAUUAGUCUUCAUCAUGUGUAAAUGUUGCUAAACUUUGUGAUCCUGCUCUGUGAUAAAAAAAACAAACCCACACACAUACACAGUGAAGCGUUACUGUACAAAACAGAAGAAAACUUUUCCUCUUUUACAAAACUGUAAUCCUAGUAAGUGCAUGAGCGUCAUAUUGACACAUAAUGUACAACAAUUGCAGAUCAGGUUUAAGGAUGUUCAGCAGCUGUUUUUGCCUCUAAGUACUUCUCUUUUUUUUUUAAAAUGUAAAUUAAGCUGCACAUUUUUUUCUGUUGGGUGUUAUGGCUAAUUUCUUCUUUAAUAUUUUUAUAAUUAAAAAAACUCCUGGUUACAUUUCGUAUAUUAAAAUGAAUUUAUUUUUAACUGACAGAAACAGCAGAUUCUGUAUGUGCAUAAAAAAGAACAGAUGUGAAUUUAAACGCUGAUCCAAAAUGAGUGUUAAAAAACAACAACUGGUAAACAAAAAGGUCAAUGUUUGUCCUUACAUGCAAAAGUCAUUGUCAAUUAUUCAAAAUGAGUCAAAAAAACCCUGCAUCUUUAUUCUUUACUAACAAAUAAUAACAGAAUUUACACUAAA